AUGCUCCUCGGUCCGGCGGCCGGCCGGGAGGGCGCGCGGAGGGAGGCGGGGCGGGAAGGCUGGAGGUGUCCGAUCCUCCAGAGCCGCGGGAGACCGGAGCCAGCUGUGUGACAGCUCGUCGGCCGCCAUGUCAGCAAGCGGGGCUGGAAACAGACCCGGCGCCCGGCGGUAGCCCUUGCGUUGCCUCGGAUGCCCAGGCAUGGAAGGACUUUGAUGAAACUUUAAACAGUUCCACAAAAGAUGCGCUAAUGGAUGACAGCAACUCUCCUACAUACAGUCUUCAGAUAGAACCACAAGAUGGAUGUCACCCGGGUGACAGCGUGGAAAGGAGAGUAACACCCUUGCCUUCUGUCUCAGAUGAGAAUGAAAAUCAGCUUGACGGGGACGGGCCUGCGGGUCUGACGGGCGGGGACGGUGCAAUGGGGAGAGCCACAGUGUCUGAACAGGACAGUCUCAACAAUAAUGAAAGCUGCCUGUCCAGCUGCGAGGUAGCCCCCGGCGAGACAGCGGAACACACGCCAUGUGACGGUCCCAAAGAUGAUCAGCCUUCCCUGGGCCAGGACAAAACACUCCCUGGAAAUAAAAGUCCAAGAGCCAAAAGAGGCACUCCUAAGAACGUCCCUCCAGGAGAUGCCAGACCUUUAGUGCAGACACUGACUGCAGAGUUGCAGGCUGUUGGGGAAGAGGCUGCCGGAGUGAAUGCAAAUGACCCCCCAAAAGCUCCAGCACCAGCACUGCAGCCGCUCUUCUCGCUGCUCCGAGGGGAGGUGGAGCAGAUGGACUCAAGAGCACUCCCCCUCUUCCUCCAUCAGGUAGCUGAGACCUAUUUUCAGGAAGAGGACUAUGAGAGAGCAAUGAAAUUCAUUCAGCUUGAACGAUUGUAUCAUGAGCAACUGCUCGCAAAUCUUUCUGCCAUUCAGGAACAGUGGGAAACAAAAUGGAAAGCUGUCCAGCCACAUACAGUGACACCUCUGAGGAAUUCGGAAAAGGGAUUUAAUGGUGAAGAUUUUGAACAGCUUGCUAAAAUUUGCACAACUCAUAAAGACCCUCUCUUGUCCAAGCAUAAGAUAGCACCUGUGGAAAAGUCACUGGGAAGAAAAUGCUUAACCCGGGUGACAGAGUCUGAAGAGCCAAAGGGAAGAGGAGCGGCAGCCAAAGAGCCAGAGAUUGAAAUCUGCCCUAGCAUGGAACCGAGUGGAGGCCAGCAUGAAGAGCAGCCCCAAGAGAGCAGCCCCGUCUCUCAUCAAAUGGACUGGCAGGCAGCUUCGCCCGGCCUUCCGGUGACUGCAGGGAAGGACCACACGGAGGAGGAGGAGGAGGAGGAGGAGGAGGAGGAGGAGGAGCUGCUCUGCGGCUCCGGUGCCGCACUGGAGCUCCACACCCAGUCCCCAGAGACAGCCAGGAGCAGGUCAGGGCCAGAUGCUGCUGAGAGUGCCCGUGAGGAUGACAGCUGCGUGCAGGCACCUCCCUCAGAGGACCGCCCCGAUGUGGCCGAAGACCCUAAGGUGCCUCCUCCUAGUGAGUCAGUGACGGAGCUGCAGCUCUUCCUAGGCCAUGGCAGUAUACCUCCUUUGUUGAUUUCAGAGGGUAAAUAUUCCCAGACACACCGAAGAGAACUCUGCCUGCCAGUUCAGGGUGUAUUUGAAGCGCUGCCCAGGGAUCAGCUUCAGAGCGGUGAAUUAGAUGAAUCACAGCAGCCUGAUGGGAAAUCACCACAGAGUCAGACUGACUUGGAGCCUGGCUCUGAGAAUGCACUCUGUGGUGACGGUAAAGCGUCUGACGUAAGUACACUGUGUCCAGAAGUGUGUAUGGCCCCAGAAGAAGGGCGGGAUAAGGAAGACCAAGUCAGUAAGGAAACCGAAGACUAUCUGAACAGCCUGUUGGAAGGAUGCUUAAAAGAUGCUGAAGAGUCCCUCUCCUAUGAAGAUAUCCAGGACGACGACUCUGACCUCCUCCAAGACCUUUCUCCUGAAGAGGCAUCCUACAGUCUCCAGGAGAACCUGCCUCCUGAUGAGAGCUCACUCUCCCUUGAUGAUCUGGCCAAGAAGAUAGAGAUCGCAGAGGCCGCUCCUGCAGAAGGGCUGGUGUCCAUACUAAAGAAGCGGAAUGACACAAUGGGAGACCAUCCUGCCCAAAUGCAGCCGAAGCCAGCUAAGCGGAGAGUGCGGUUCCAGGAAAUCGAUGAUAACCUGGAUCAAGAUGAAGUCAGCAGUGGCUCCUGCAUCCUGCUCAUCUUGCUGUGCAUAGCCACGGUUUUCCUCAGUGUUGGAGGGACUGCGCUCUACUGCACUUUGGGUGACAUGGAGUCACCUGUUUGUACAGACUUUGCCGACAACAUGGACUUCUAUUACACGAAGCUGCUGCAGGGGGUGGCAGGACUCAAACACUGGGUCUACCUCUCCUAGCAGCAGGUGGGACAGGCGUGCUGACAGACAGGCAAAGAUGCAAACUUCCCAGACAGCUUUUAUUUCAGGAGUCACGAAACAUUCCCCCUCCCCAGCAGCGAGGACCCCAGGACGGACAUAAGAAACAGCAACUUUAAACGCAGCCCAGAGAACUCUAUCAGGAAGGCUGAUGCUGGUGUGGGCACUGGGGACGGAGGGAAGGCGCUGUGGAGAGCACGCCUCUCCUUGCUGCUUGCCCGUGUAGUGAAGCACACUGAGCAGCGUUGUCUUGCAGGGCUGAAGGACACUCCCGGUUUACAGUCGUUGCUCCAUAGGCACUGCUUCCCACCGCCGCCGCUGCCACACAGUACGUUCCUUUGUAAUCAGAGAGAGUUACCUUAUGGUUCCAAUGCCGUUUUUUAGUUAAUCUGGGAGCUGUAUAAUUUAAGCUUUGGGCAUUACUCUAAAUUCUCCAUUUGUGAAAUGGUUGUGUGGGUGCGUGUACGUCUGAAGCAGUUACCACACGUGGAUAUCCAGCCUAGAGUACAAAGAUGACCUUUAUUCUUUUAACUUGACUACAGUGUGCAGGCACACACACACACACAUCUUUGGAGGAGGCUUACCUGUGAACUAGAUAAACUGUAGGAAUAUUGGCCUUGAGUUGAGAAACUGGCGGAUCUGUGGCAAUGAAUUUGACAGGCCCGAAGGCACCAUGACAGAACUCCCAGGUCUCAGGUGAGAUUCCGCUGUGACUUCUGUGCUGCCUGAAGCAAUGUGUCCUGGUUCCACCGCUCAAGAAAGACUUACUGAGCAGUCAUUAUAUUCUGGAACUAAGACUAGGAAUCCAAGUGAGGGGUAGUUCCUAGUGUAUGGGUGUUCAUGUAAGGUAAACCCUUACUCAGUUAAAUGAAACAGGACACCACAUGUAACUGAGUAGUUGCAGGCCAUACGCUCGGGUGUGUGGAAUGUGUGUUCCUACCAUGGACUCAUUUUGGUCCCCUGUCAUGGGGUCAUGAAGCGGAAAUUCAAUCAUACCUUAAAUAGACAAGUUUAAAUGAACAGUUCUGUUUAAAUCCGUUGUUAGGUGGCCUUUCCUUAUUUACGGUACAGUGAUCUAAUGUUUAGGAAGCCUUGCUUUGACUUUUUGUAUUCUAGGCAACAUCUUUUUUUAAAAAUCAUGAAUUAUAGUUUUUUAGCAAGUGAUCUUUAUGUUCUGUUUUCAUGUUAGAAUCAUUUGGAAGGAAAGGAGAGAAAUUGCUUUGUAGUUACUGGCUGGCACAGUACCUUCCUUUGUGUUUCUGCUUAUUUAUUUGGACCCUGUGAAUUUAAAGGGCUUUUAUAUGAGUUGAGAGUGUGUGGCUGAGCAUGUAUUUGGUCACCCCACCGCUACCUAUUUAAUUAGAUACUUAGUGUUUUGAUUUCUAUUGUUUCAGCUCCGUAUAUUUUAGCUUAUUUUUAAAUUGACAUUUUAUUUUUACUAUAUACUGUGUGGCUUAUCUCUUAUCAUGUCACCAUAAACUGUAAUAUUUUCAAUGGUUAUAGAGCAGAGUUAUUUAUUUAGAAGUAUACAGAAUACUGAAAUUUAGAUUCCUUAUACCUAAGGCUGAUUUUAUUAGAAGAUUAUUUUAAUGUCCUAUUAUAAAUUUUAAGACUUUGUAUUCACAUCAUGUGUAAAAUAGGUCCCAUUGUCCUGGUAUUGCCAUGAGCAACGGUCCUGUGGAAGCCGUUAGUGAGGAUUCUGUGCGGGCCUCCUCAUGAUACACAAAUGUAUUUCACCCUCGUGAUUUCUAGUUGCAGGGAUUUGGUGGCCCUUGUUUCUGACAAUUUUAUAUCAAGAAAAGUUAAAAUCUUCCUCCUGUUUGCCUACUUUAGGUCACUCAGAGUCCUGUGUGAUCUCUGGUGUUAUAUUUACCUCUCGGCCACCUUGGCCACUUUCUAAAACCCAAGGUUUCCCAGGAGCCAUCAUCAAAAGAAAGGCCCGAAAUGACACCUGGCUAACCGGGGACCCCGUUGUGCAUCAGAGGAGCUGGGGGUCACCAACUUCAGGGACCACAGAGUGAUCGGGAGUAGGCUGACCUACUGACUUAAAGUGGGCAUGAAAUCUCACCUAGAAACACUAGGGCACCUUUGCAAAUGUAAUAGUCAUUUACUGCAUGAACUGGAGCAUCCCACCUAGAGAGGAGAGGACGUUAUCCCAUGCAUAAAGAACUCAUCUACUGUAUUGAGAUACCAUUUCUCCUCUCGUUUGAAAGUGCUGACAACUAUUUAUAACUAGCCUUCUUAAGAACUGUGUUUGAGGGUGUCAAAUCAAGCUUGUAAUUUAAAAUCUAUACCAACAAAAUGUCUCAGAGAAUUUAUUUGUACUCUUAAUGUUAAGGGAACUGAUUGAAAACAAAAUAUAAUGUCAGAGUUGGUCCAGCCCCUGAAGGAGAUGCCAUCUAUUUUGGGGAAGUCUUUCUUUUUCUAAAUUACAUUUACUUAUUUAUUCUGGGAGGAGGCCACAUGUGUGCCACACUGUACACUUACGGAGUCACUCUGUCCUGCAUCGUUAGGGUCCAGAGAUUCAUACUCAGGCCGUCCACUUGACGGCCAGCACCUCUCCCCACUGAGUCAUCUGUGAAGAUGUCCUAAUAAGCCCCUGAGUAACAGCUUCUCGGCUUCUAAAAUACUUCUUGCCUCUGCCUGACGUGGUAAACCAAACUCCGCUCUCAAGUGCAUCUUUUUGGACUUGAACAUCAAGUCUAAAGUCUUAUUUUAUCGAGCUGUGAAUUGGGAUGUGAGAUGUGGCGAGGAUGCAAAGUCUGAAGGUCAGGCUUAUUUUGCAAGGGCAGACGUGAUUUGGGUCUUCUGAAUGACAGGACAACAUGGCUGAGAGGAACAGGGAUAAAGGACCAGGAGGAGCUGAGCAGGGGGACAUGGAGGACAAAGACAUCCUUUGGCUGCUGACCUGUUGUCCUGACACUGGCCUUUGUGGCAUGUGCUCCCCACACACAGGCAGCUUUUUACUUUUCUCUAUGAGCAUAUGUUAGUUAUGCAUAAUGGGUUUCAUGAUGGCAUUUGCAUACAUGUAGGUGGUGCGUUUUGAGCGGCUUCACUUCCUGGUACACUCUUGUCCCCCAACCCCGUCUCCCCACUCCCACCCUCCGCUGAUCCCCUUCAAGAGGCUGGGUUUUCAUCCCACUGCUGGCAGGAACCCUCUCAUUUCUACGGGCACAGUUGAUCUGACCUUGGUCUCAUGUGGUACUUUAUGUGGUGUUUGUGGUACUUUAACAUUCAUUCCUUCCAUACCUGGAUUAGCACACUUACGGCUCUCAACCACAGGUCUCAUGAUGCCCAAGUCCACCACACUUUGUUUCUGUCACAUGACCUGCACCUUCAGAGACAGAAAGAGUGAUUCUGGGGCCCAUGCACUUUAUGCCUUGGCCUUCGAAUAGCUACUUAGUAAGCUGGGUAUAGCUUUGUGCCUGGUGUGGAGACGCAUGCAGAACUUUGCACAGUGGUGUUGGCUGCCCUCUGUACCCUGACACACAUCCAAUUGCCUGCAGUGUAAGCACUGUGAGCAUGGCCCCACCCAGCUCAAAGAACUUGUGUCUGGUCAAGGAAUGCAAUUUGCCAAGAAGGAACCGAAAAGAAACUAGAUAACAACGGGCUACCUAGAGGGUGGUAACUAGAGUUCAUCGUUUUCGGUCAUGUGUCAUGAACUGUUAGGAAUAAGGAGAUGCACGGCCACCGAUAGGAAGGUCAACAGCAAUCUUUCCUGCCAGCCGCCACUGCUUCACACCUGCAUGAGCACGUCCGUCCGUCUGCCGGGAGUUCACAGCAGGCGGGUUUCCAGUGAAAACUUUCUGUUCAGAACCGAAGCUCUGGGGCUGGGUGUAGUUCAGAAGUAGAGUGUUUGCCUCUUGAGCACAAGACCUCAGUACUGGGCUCAAUACUCAGUGUCACAAAAGAAAAAAAGAAGUCUUAAUGGCCCUGAAUUAAAAACCACUUCACAAGGAAAACCAGUGCCAGAGGGUGUUGCCAGUCAAUCUGUCAAUCAUUGAAGAAAGAAAUACCCAUCUCACAAAAUGCUCUUUUAAAAAGAAAGCGCUGCUGGUCCGUUUCAGGAGAGCAGUAUCACUUUUUCAGAAAAUCGCUGAUAGGAGAGGGGGAGGAUAGAGUGGGGGAGGCAGAGAGAGCUCAGCUGGUGAAGUGCCAGCCUGGCAAGCCCCAGGACCUCAAUUUGAUCUCCAGGACCCACACAAAAAAAAUGCGCUCUCGUAAUUCCAGCUCUAGGGGAGGAGCCGGGAGAAUCCCUGGGUCUCCUGGCCAGGCAGCCUUAUUGGUGAUUUCCAAACCAGAGACUGUCUCAAAGAAGGUAGACUGUGUUUGUGAAGGUGACACCCCAGCCUGGGUUACACAGUGAGACCCUAUCUGAAGAAACCAAGCCAGCUGAGGAGACAUAGCUCAGUAUAGAGGGUUCGCCAUUGACCAGGUCAAGAGUUCAGGUGCCAGGACUACCAUAGAUGUGACAGACACAAUUCAAAUCAAAAUUGCAGCAGUUUUUAGAAACUGACAGUUUAAAAUGCAUGAGAUGCAAAAGACCUAGAAGAUAGUGGAAUUGUCGGAACAGAGUUGGAGGACCCUUGCUGCUGUUUCCAAGGCUUCAUCCUACAGUUACCGGCUGGUGACCAGGGAGACCUACACCAAGAGCCAAGUGUGCAUGUUCAAGGGAGCCACAGGGAGCCAGGCCAGCUCAGUCAGGAAAGAGGAACCCAUUCAACAAAUAAUGCUGGCAAGAUUGCAUGUGCAAUUGGAAAAAAAUUAACAUAAACAACGAAAAUCUGAAGUGAAUCGGUUUUAGGUCUAAAACGUGAAACUGUAGGGUAACUAGAAGAAACCAGAUCAGCUUUGCCGCUUUUACAUGAAAAGAUACUCCUCAGAGCUCAGAGUGUACGGGCUAUAAAAGGAACACUCGUAACUGGACUUUUAAAAAUGUGCUUUUCACAUAAUGUGGUUAGGAAAAUUAGAGACAAGUACUCAAAUGGAAGGAAAUAGUCACAAUAUUUUUUUCAGUUUCGUGGGCUGGGCAGUGGGUCCCUGCUGGUGUGUGUGUGGAGACCAGAGGACAGUUUCUGAGAGUCCGUCCUUCCUCUUCCACCAUGUGAGCCCUGGGGAACAAACGGAGGUCAUCUGGCGUGGCAGCAAGGGCCUCACAAUGAACUUGCCAAAGACCUUGUAAAUUUAGAGUAUGUAAGAAGGCUCACAUAAUUCAGAAUUAUGACCGCUUCGAAGUGCCUUCAUGAGAGAGAAUGUGUGAAUGGCCAAUGAGGACAUGAAAAUAUGCUGAGGGUCCUUAGUCACCAAGAAAAUGCAAAUGACUGAGCUACCUCUGGGCACUUAGAGUCUCCAAACUGCAUGGACGGACAGUACAAGGUUGGUUAUUUCAACAUAAGGAAUUCAGGUGGUAGUAAGAGAACAAAGAGAAGGAGGAUGGUCACCUCACUGGGUGUAGAAAAGUAUUAAACAGCCUUGUGACUCGAACUCAGAUUAAACAAAGACUAGAAGAAGAGUAGGAGGGUCCUUGAAGGGUUAUGAGGAUAUGUGAGGCAAGGAAAAGUCCUUCUGUCCUUCAGAUGACUCGCUCCAUUUCACUGCUGUGGCUUAAUUAGAAAAACCAAAACCUCUGGUGACUUCCACAUACCUCAAAUGUGCAAGACCUAGCCACCCGCUAGCUAACAGAAUGUUUCGAUAAACUCAUUAAUUCCAAAUGCCCCACCCCGUCCUAACUCUGUUUACUGUUUGUGAAUCCCUCUAGUUCCUUGAAUGCUGAGCUGCUGACUUAAGACAACACUGGAGCACGGUUGUCUUCUCAGCUCUCAGGAGGCUGAGGCAGGAGGAUGGCCAAGUCUAGGCCAGCUUGGGUUACAAUAGAGACCGUGGAGAUUUUUUUGCUUUUUUAAGUGUUUCCUUUUGUUUUAUUUUGUUUUAAUUCUACGUGAUGCAGCAGUUCACAUUCCAAACCCAAUCUAAUAAUAGUCUGUAAGGACAACACAGUGUCCCUCUGGACGGAAGGUAUUGAUCAAAAGUGAGGUUUCAUAAUUUCAUUGCUUAAUUGAUUUGGAUCAAAGGUCAGGCAGGAGAUGUGCACUUAGGAGCAGAAGUAGCUUACAUCAUCCCCUCACCCAUCAGCAUGAUGGAGUUCUAAGUAGCUGGCUUUCACUUUCCAAGUGCAUGACCUGGGGUUGGCAACCUAUAAACCAAUCGAGAAAAACACCCUGAGCUUUCAAGGCUAGAAAUAGGUCUAUAAGUUGCUAUGAAUGAAGGUAAUCUUUUUCCUUUUUUUGUAAAAGAAUUUCUCUACAUGUCUCAGGAUGGCUUGGAAUGCUGCAUAGCCCAGACUGGCCUCAAACUCAGAAUCCUCCUGCCUCAGACUUCCAGGGAAUUGUGUGCUCUGCUCUGCUGUGCUUGCUUGUACCCGCCUUCCUGUAUGUUAUUGCUUCAGUGAAAAUUGGUCUAAGAAUAGCAGUUUCACCAGCCCCGGAGAAGAGGCUGUCCCCACGUAAGCUAGUUUGGUAGAGCAUAAACCCUGAAGAAAGGAAGCAACCUCGGGCUGGAAUCCCGAUAACAAAUGAGGUCCCGUUAACAAGCUGUUCAGCCUUCUCCAGCCUCCUGCCUCCUCAUCUACAGGAUUUCUAACAACUUCAGAGCUAAACCCCUCUGUAUUCUUUGGCAGUCCAGUGUAUUCUGCUUUCCCUCACCGAGAAGAAACAACUUGGGUGGCUGCAUUUGCUGGGUGGAGUUGGAGUAUUGCAUGGGAAUUCUCUAAAGCCACGUGGAAGUGAGAGGCAGAAGCUGAAGACUGAUGCAUAGAUUUUCAAACCAUCUACCGUGCCCAUGGGCCACUUCCAAGAGCCUGCCGCCAAUGGUUCCUUCUCUGGAAAGCUUGAUGCGUUGUGUAGCCUAAUCCUGCAAUCCUAGCUACAGCUGGUUAGACCGGAGGGUGCCUUAGGGUGAUGCAGUCCCUGACGUUUGCAUGCUAGGGAGGCGGGUGGCCUGGGUGAAGAUGGGUUUGGAAGGGUGUUUGGCAAAGAGACUGACAGACAGGUCCUCCCUGACCACAUGAGCCUGACACACAGACUCUGGGUCUAGCUCUGGCAGUGGAAGGAGCAGGCACCUUGCAGUGGCAGGGGAGAGCAUGGAGCCAAAGGACCGAGGGACAGCAGAGCUGCCAGGGUAGACAUCCUCAAGGUCUUGCCUCAAAGGUCACACAGUCGGUAAAGGCGCUUGCUGCUCAAGUCUGGUAACCCGAGGAUGGUCCUGAAAUGUGAGAGGGCAGAACUGACUCCACACAGCUGUCUUCCAACCUCCACAUGCAAGUCGUGUCUUGUGCACACACACACAAAUGAUAAACACACUUUUUAAAGUUU